UGUUCAAGUCCAGUGUGCGCUAAGCUGUGUUAAACUAGGUCAUAAAAUCGUGAAUCUAUUUUUAUCCAGGUUAUUUAGUUUUCAUUUGUGGAUCGAGACGGUUUUUAACAAAGAUUUUUCAUCUAUACACUGGUAUAUUUUUAGCAAUGUCAGGCCCUGAAGGACAAUGCGAAAUUUGUCAAAAACCAAGCAACCAAAAAUGUUCUCAGUGCAAAUUGGUCUACUACUGUUCGGCCGAACAUCAAAAAGAAAACUGGAAAGACCAUAAAGAAGCUUGCUUGCCAUUUGAGGUUCAAUCUAAUAAAGAGUUAGGACGCUAUUUGAUUGCCAAACGGGAUCUGGAACCUGGAGAUCUGAUUUUUAUUGAUAGUCCUUUGGUAUUCGGUCCCAGACCUUAUAAGAUACAAGAAGGACCCUUUCCUUGUGUGGGAUGUUGCAAAUUAUUAGAAGAUAAAAUAGUUCUAUGUCCAGAAUGUGGAUGGCCGGCCUGUGAUGUAGGAUGUCCAGGUCUCAAAUUAGCUCAACAGCAUGGCCUGGAGUGUCAGGUUCUGAAGUUGAUGCCUGCAAAACAAAAUCAGUCGCCUCACGAGUAUUUUAGAUAUGAUACUUUGAUUAUUUUGAGAGCUUUGUUUCUGCAAAAAACCAAUCAGAAGAAGUGGACUGCUUUAAUUAAUUUAGAAGAUCAUUUGGAGAAUAGAGGACCAAACUCUGACGUUUUUAAGUCUGUUCAAGAAAAAGUCAACUACAUCCAGCAAAAGUAUAUUGCACCACUGAAAAUGUACGAACAGCAGACUGGCCAAUCAAUACUUCCUCAAGUCUCUGCCGAUCUAAUACACAAAAUCUACGGUGCUUUAGACGUCAAUGCUACAGAAAUUACUGAGCCUGUAGAUUUAUUUGUCCUGUACCCGACAGCUAGUCUCCUAGAGCACAAUUGUCUUCCAAACACUUGCCAGAUUAUUGACAAUGAUGAUUACAAAAUUACUUUUAGAGCUGCUUUGACUAUUAAAAAAGGACAUCACAUAAGCACUACUUAUACUAAUAUACUAUGGGGAACUCAGGAAAGAAGAACCCACUUAAAAGAAAACAAGUAUUUUUCCUGUUUCUGUGACAGAUGCUCUGACCCUACAGAAUUUUCGACAUAUUUUAGUGCUCUGGUGUGUCUAGGUACUGAGGAUCAACCUUGCAAAGGUAUUCAGCUACCUACUGAACCAACAUUACCAGAUCCUGAUUGGGUCUGUAAUAAGUGCAAUAUAAAACUCCCAAAUAAAGAUGUGGUAAAUUUUGUAAGUCACCUAAGUAAAGAGGUGGAUAAGGAACUUGAAAAGAAGCCUAAGCUGGAGGAUCUGGAAGAAUUUUUAAAUAAACUGGUAAUUUUCUUGCAUCCUUCUCAUUACUUGGUUUAUUCUGUUAAGCAUUCAUUGGUGCAACAGUAUAAAAUUGACGGCGAAGUGCAAAUGUCUGAUACGUUUUUAGAGGAGAAGCUGAAGUUGUGUCAGGAUUUAAUCAAUGUUACUAAAAAAAUUGACCCAGGAUGUUCCAGGUUAGCUUUAUACUUAGCGGUUCUCUUAAAUGAAAAAUUUAUGAGCAAGUUUACAUUUUUGAAAAGAAACUUCGAUGCUGAAAAAAAAGAUUUAAAUAGAGAUGUUAUUAAAGAGAUUUUAGAAGUAAUAAAAGAAAAUAAAGCAGUGUUACGGUAUGAAACGCAAUGUGAGACAGGCAGGAAGUUGUUUCAAAUUGCUUGCUUUAACGAAGACAUAUUUAGGAAUUGGAUGAAAAGUUAUUCUGUGGAGGCAGAAUAGAUUUGUUAAUAUAUAUUUUUAAGAUUG